UGUCAUCUAUAGGCUUCAAGUUCCGUCGACAUCAUGUUUGGUUUAAUUGUGCUGGUGGCGUUGGUGGGAGGCGGCUUCUGCGACGACAAUCAGGGACCACGUCCGUUCGUUCAAUCUCAAAAAGAUUUAACAUACGUCCGACUUAUGCUUCAAAAUUUAGUUCCCCCUGAUAAUAAUAACUUGACCGUUCCCUCUGCCCGCGUGCACCUCUCGGGAGGAGUUUUGGCAGCAGUAACUUUAGCAGUCGGUAAAUCUUUGGAACCAUUCGGCAGCCCAUACGACCCGCUUUCCGUAUUAGAAGAAAUAGCGCCAGUCGUAUGGGAAAACUAUAACGGAGUAGCGGUAACUCCGCUUAAUAAAAAACUAGCUGAACUCAUCGGGAAAGUGCAGCCAGUUAUCGCUGUCAUAGAGGUCUUGUGCCCAGGUACCGAUGUGGAAACCUGUAACGCCCUAGUAGAGCAGACCCUUAAAAACAAUAGGCUCCUUAAUAACCGAGGGGAUCUCUUAUUAUCAGCUGGAAGAGUGGCAGGUCAUCUGAGAAAAAAUGAAAAGUCUGUUUUAGCUACAGUCAAAGAAUACUUGGACCUACCUAAUCUCAUUAGAGCUAUGGAAACCCAAGAAUACAAAGAACUCGCUUACGACCUAGCAGAUCUAGAUAGACGUCUAGACCACGUGAUACAAUAAUUUGGACAACUGAUUUCAUGGAAGGACGGCAAUAGAAAUAAAAAGUGUGUGAAGCAUUAUAAACUC